AUGUCGCCAUUAUUGAAAGAUUACUUGAACAAGAAGAUAGUUAUCAUCACAACUGAGGGACGAUGCUUAUUGGCAACUUUAGAAGGUUUCGAUAAGAAUACGAAUCUGGUCUUGUCUCAGGUCCAUGAUCGGUUUGGUUCUUCCGGUGUAGUACAGGCAGUUCAAUUGCUUCGAGGCAGUGAAGUGGUUUCCUGUGGGCUUCUAGACGAUGGGUAUGAUGAAGCUGAUGAUUUAAGUAAUGAAAGUGUUACACCUUUGAAAGACACCAAGAAUAGAAUUGAGGAUGAGUAUGCCAUUUGGGAGAAAAUACGAUGUGUUAGUGGUCGUUGA